AUGCGCCGCGGCGCGCGGGUCCGGGGAGGAGGGGGGUGGUGGCGUUGUGACGCAUGCGCGGUGACGCUCGACGCAUGCGCGGCGGCGUCCGGGGGUGUCGUGAGGCGGCGGCGGCGGGUGGCGGCGGCGGCGGCGCAGGCGCGGAGCGAGAGCGGCCGAGAGCGGGCAGCGGGCACCGGGCAGGGCAGCAGCGGGGACGGCCGGGCCCCGGCUCCGGCCUCCGCGCUCUCCCGGCCGCGGCCUUUCCGCCAAGGCCCCGCCUUCCCCCCCCCCUUCCCCUUCCCUUUCCCCGCCCCGGGGCCUAGGCCCGACCCCCGCCCGCCACUGCCGCCGCCAAAGGCCUCGUCGCCGCCGCCGCCUCAGCGCGCCCUCGCUUCCGCUUCCCCUCCUUCCCUUCCCUUCCCCCCCCCCCCACCCCUUUCCCUCCCCGCCGUCGCCAUGGACGUGAAGCGGCUGAAGGUGACCGAGCUCCGGGCCGAGCUGGGCCGCCGCGGCCUGGAUUCCCGCGGCCUGAAGGUGGAGCUGGCGCAGCGGCUGCAGGAGGCCCUGGACGCCGAGAUGUUGGCGGCGGGGCCUGAGGAAGGAGGCCCCGCCGGGCCUGGGGCCUGCGCCGGGGAAGCGGGGCCGGCCGGAGGCCCCCCCGCGCAUCACCACGGCGGGGGGGGCGAGGAGGAGGAGGAAGAGGAGGAGGAGGAGGAGGAGGAAGAGGAAGAAGAGGAGGAGGAGGAAGAGGAGGACGAGGAAGCGCUCUUGGCUGACGAGGAGGAAGCGGCCGUCGCCACGGCGGGAGCAGCAGCAGCGGCGGCGGCGGCGGCCCCCUGCGAGGUGGAGGCGGCCGAGCCCGGCCCUCCGGAGGAGGAGGAGGAGGAGGCGGCGGAGGUGGAGGAAGCGGCGGCGGAGGAGCCGCAGCAGCAGCAGCAGCCGCCGCAGGAACAAGCGGCGGCCGAAGCGAAGCCGGAGCCCGAAGGGCCCGAAGGCAGCGGCGUGAACGGAGCCGAGAGGCCGCAGGAGGAAGGGCCCAGCGGGGACGAGGCCGCCGCCACCGAGGUCAAGGAGGAAGGGGCCCAGGCCGGUGAGCACCGCUCCUGCCCCGUUAUCCCCCCAAACCUGCCCCGAACCCGUCUCGGCCGCGGCCGCUUCCCACCCCCUUUAAAUCCCAUUUAUCCCGGUGGGAAUUCCCGCUGCGUCCAGCCCCGCUCGCCCCGAGCCGGUUUGGGGGAGGCUGGAAUCCCCACGUUGGGUCGCCCCCGGGUUCCCUCGGCCGGGAUUGGGAUGGGAGCAGGGAACGGGAUGAUCCGGGACACGUUUGGAGGGAAAAGCCGCCGGGCCCCCCCCGUGGCCCCUGGAACCCCUCGGUGA